AUGGCCUAUGCUGAGGAAGACAGAAAUAGCUACGAGGUGUAUAAGGAAACAGCGGAUUGGUUACGCGCCCGUACCGUCCAGCGCCCAAAGACCGCCAUCAUCUGCGGAUCCGGACUGGGAGGUCUGGCCGAUGUGUUGGAUAACAAGACAGUCUUUCCGUAUGAGGACAUCCCUCAUUUCCCACGGAGCACAGUUGCGGGGCACGUUGGCAGAUUGGUGUUUGGGGAGCUGAAUGGACAGCCCUGCGUGUGUAUGCAGGGACGCUUCCACUGUUACGAAGGAUACUCUGUCGGCACGGUCACCUUUCCCAUCAGGGUCUUCUUUCUCCUGGGGGUGGAGAUCUUGAUUGUCACAAAUGCUGCUGGGGGGCUGAAUCCCCACUUCCAAGUGGGGGACAUCAUGUUCAUAAGGGACCACAUCAGCAUGUUUGGCUUAGGAGGGCAGAAUCCACUGCGUGGACCAAACGAUGAGAGGUUUGGAGUGAGGUUUCCCUGCAUGUCAGAUGCUUAUGAACAAGAUCUGCUCGGCCUGGCGAUGGAGAGCGCGCAGGAGCUGGGCUUUCUGAGCUUCAUCCGAGAAGGAGUGUACUGUCUGCUGGCCGGUCCCUGCUAUGAAACCAUUGCCGAGUGCCGUGUGCUGCAGGCGCUGGGAGCGGAUGCUGUAGGGAAGCUGGGCAUGAGCACUGUCCCAGAAGUGAUUGUAGCCAGGCAUUGUGGCCUCCGAGUCCUUGGGAUCUCCCUCAUCACCAACAAAGUGGUGAUGAGCUACAACAGUCAAGAGAAAGCCAACCACGAGGAAGUGCUGCGCGUCUCGGUGGUCCGGGCUGAAGCCCUGCAGAAAUUGGUCACUCAUCUCCUUGGCAAGCUGGGGGAAAGCACAAACUCUCCGUGA